UGCGCAUACUCCGGCCUGUGGCUGACUUCGGCAUCUUUCAGUAUCUCGCUUGGUGGAGUCCACGCGAGUCCACGUGGUUUACUCGACGUGAUUGAUCGUCGCCAGAGUAUUGCGAUUGUUUUAGUGAAAUUGUAUUAUCAGCAAGCAUGAAGAUUCGCAAAAAGGAGAGCAAUCGCGUGCCGGCGCGGAUGAGAUACAAGAUCGAGAAGAAGGUUCGCAACCACAAUCGAAAAAUGAAAAGGGAGGCCAAGAAGCAUUCUAAGAAAAAGUCUAAAAUGGUGGAAAUACCAAAUCAGUGUCCGUUCAAAGAGGAUAUAUUAAAGGAGGUAGAGGCAAUGAGGAAGCAACACGAGGAGGAGAAACGGAAGCAGAAGGAAGUGGCACGUGAGAAGAAGCGCGAGCAACUCGCCAAGGGUGGCCUCCAAGGAUUGGUUAAUCAGGCUCAGAAUAAACAGUCAACAUAUAAACCUAUGGAAGUGGGCUCUGAUCCGAUAAAGAAUGCCGUUUCUAAGGAAGAAAAUUCGCUCAAGGCGUAUUACAAGGAGUUCAAAAAGGUUCUGGAUGCGGCCGAUGUGAUUCUCGAGGUUGUGGACGCCCGCGAUCCACUCGGGACACGAUGCAAAGAGGUAGAAGAAGCAGUCCAAGCUGCAAAGGAAAACAAGAGACUAGUGUUGGUUUUGAAUAAAGCUGAUUUGAUUCCCAGAGAGAACUUGGAUCAAUGGCUAAAGUAUUUGAGGGUCAGUUUGCCUGCUGUGGCAUUUAAGUCGUCCACACAAAACCAAGCUAAUCGAUUAGGCAGAAGGAAGUUGGGAAAGAAAACGGAAUCCAUGAUACAGAGCAACACCUGCUUCGGGGCCGAAUUGCUCUUGUCGUUACUUGGAAAUUAUUGCAGGAACAGUGAUAAUGUGAAAACGAGUAUCAGAGUGGGUGUUGUUGGUUUGCCAAACGUAGGGAAAUCUAGCGUUAUCAAUUCAUUGAAACGCAGCAGAGCGUGUAGUGUGGGAAAUAUACCAGGAAUAACGAAAACGAUGCAAGUUGUUAACUUGGACUCUAAAAUAAAAUUAUUAGAUUCUCCCGGUAUAGUAUUCGCUAAAUCGGAUGAAAAUUCCGAUGAUAUAGCUGCUCUAAAAAAUGCAGUAAAAAUUCAAGCAUUAAAAGAUCCUUUUGCGCCAGCGUCUGCAAUUUUAAAAAGAAUCUCGCGACAACAAAUAACGGAAUUAUAUAAUAUGCAAGAUUUCUCGACGCCAGAGGAAUUUUUUGCAAUGAAAGCAACACGAAUGGGGAAAUAUAAAAGAGGCGGAGUGCCUGAUGCGACUGCUGCUGCACGUAGCAUUGUUGAGGAUUGGAACUCGGGAAAAAUUAGGUAUUACACAGUACCGCCAGAACAAUCGGUAUGUCACAUAUCCGCCGAGAUAGUCAGUCAAAUGGCUAAAGAAUUCGACAUUGAAAGUUUCGCUGCAGAAGAAAGAAUGAUGUUGGAUAAUUUUGCAGCGGAUUCUGCGAAUAAUCCCACCAUAGAUCCUGUGCUGAUCAAUAGCACAGGGCCUGUCACGGCGGCAAUGGAGAUCGAAAUGCAAAAGGAAACGGAAUUCAAAGUACAGAAGAAACUAAAAAAGAAGUUGCAAGACACAAAGAAGAACGUGCCUGCUGAGAGAAAGAAGAAAUCAGAUCCACUUUUUGAGAUUGAAGGCAAUCAAAAACUGAAUAAGCUCAAGAAGCUUCAAUUCAGGAAGGAAAAGAAAGAUCGAGUGAGAAAAGAAAAAGCUGCUGCAAAGCUGGCGGGACAGCUUGAAGGAUUUAAACUUACUUCAGAUGAAUAUGAUUUCAAUACAGAUUUUACAAAUGUAUAGUUUGUUUUCAUGUGCGCUAUUUAGCAAAUAAAUAUGCGAAAAAAUUCAAGUUUAAAUUUAACCGAGA